AUGGCCCAAACCACUCCCUCUCUGAACCAGCAUCUCUCUCAUUCGGAAUCGGUGGCCAACCUGAGCGUUGUUCAUCAUCACGAUCACUCUCAUCAUAAAUCCUACAAAACUCAUCCAGCCGAGUUUGCAAAAAUUGCUCUCGGAAUUCUUGUUUGUUUCAUUACAGCCAAUUCAUUCAAAGAGGAAAUUACAAAAACAAAAUUCGGAACACAUUCCGAAGUAUUCACGUAUACAUUCUUUUUGAGUUUUAUUGAGAGUUUGAGUGAUAUUUUGGCUGCUUUAGGAAAAAUUAUUUAUUCGAAAAAACAUGAUCAAAUCAGAGCAGCAGUGAGUGUGGAAACUCAAAAAUUCUUUAUCAUGUCAGCCAUCACUCACUCAACAGGAAUUGGUUUGGGUAAUAGAGCUUUGAAAUAUGUGGAUUUUCCAACUCAGGUGUUGGCAAAAUCAUGUAAAAUGAUCACUGCCAUGUCUUCGUGUUUUUUAAUUGUUGGAAAACGUUAUUCCAUGCCAAGAAUUGUAGCAGUGCUUGUGGCCACUUUGGGAAUUUCCUUUUACAUGUUUGGAGAAAACAAAAAGUCACAUGCUGAGAGUACUGCCUUCGGUUUGAUGCUUCUCAUUGUUUCUGUGUGUGCCGAUGGUGUCAAUAAUGCUGUUCAAGAAUUGAUGAAACAACACUUUAAAAACAAACCCAAAGAAGCAAAACCAAAUUCAGAUCAACUCAUGUUUUUCACGAAAAUUUACACAAGUCUCUUGUUUUUCGUGUGCAUGAUUUAUUUUGGAGAAUUUUGGAAAGCCAUUGAUUUUUGUUCGAGACAUUCCUCGAUCAUUUUGAAUAUUGUCUUGUUGUGUGCUGCAGGAACAAUUGGAAACUUUUUCAUUUUCUGGGGAUUUGCCGAGUUUGACAAUGUCGAAAUUACCUUUAUUAAUACUGUGAGAAAAUUAUUCACCUUUUUACUCUCAGUCCUGCUUUAUGGACACUCAUUUUCACAAGCUCAAGUAAUUGGUGCUACUAUUGUGUUUAUUGGUGUUGGAUUGGAUUGGUAUUUUGGUUCACAUCCAUCCGUUCCUGUUGUUGUCACCAAAGAGGAAGAAGAAAAGAAAAAGCAAUAA